GUUACGCAGUGUGUUCCAAUUUAGGAUAAUCUUAAAUACCAAAUACUCGAAUACUCGUACUUUUGUUUUGUUCACCGGGCCACGUAUUUUUAUUCAUAUAUAUAUUUAUUGAAAUCAAUACAAUAAAUACUAAAUUAAAAAUGGAAACAACAAUGCAGCGGUACAUUUCCCCAAUUAAUCCAGCUGUAUUUCCUCACCUGGCCACUGUGUUGCUAACCAUUGGGACAUUCUUUACAGCUUGGUUCUUCAUUUUCGUCGUAUCGCGACCGAAAAAUACCAAAGAAAAGACUCUCUUUAAAGAACUGGCCAUAAGUUUAUGCGCCAGCGUAUUUUUAGGCUUUGGUAUAAUGUUCCUUAUGUUGGCAGUUGGUAUUUAUAUAUGAGAGCAAUGCGGGCGGA